CUCACACUAAAAUAUAACCAAUCAAGACGUUGGGCCAUCUGUAUAUACAAAAGAACACCAAGGAGUGUGUGCCUGUUUGUUCAGUAUGAUGGUGUUGACUCUCUCCAGUGGACUAGGGAUUAAUGCCACACAGCAAGGACUCUCCUUCUCCCUCAGCGGUCCAUUGAAAGAGUAGUUAAGGCCUCGAGCGAUUUAACUGAGCAGGUUAUAAUCCAGAAAGAGUCUAUUUCCUCAGAAAAGCCACAGAAAUUCCAGAGCAGAUUAACUAACAAGGCAUAGCAAAAGCAUUGUUUCUUUUCCUGGUUAGAUUUUUUGGCUGUUAAAGGGAACUUUUUGAAUAUAAUGUAACAUAUUGAAGUGAAUGGUCUGAAUGGACUCUAUGGAAUCUUGGUCUCUCUCUGAAAAUAACUCUUGCUGUGAAAGCUGUGUUUGUUCACAGUAGGAUGCCUGCUAAAAUCUGGACUUUUCUUCAACAAAGACAAGGCUGAUGCAUAACGGAAUCUAUUUAACAGCUUUUGUGACUCAAGUGAAGUAUUUGAUAUAUUUUGAAGUCAAACCUUUUAGAUGUACUUUGUCCAUAUGUUCUAUAAUGGGAAUGAACAGGUAGGCUACAAGUCUCAUCAAGUGUAGUACAAUAUUUUAAAAACUUUUUUAGCUUGAGUGUUUGAGGAGUGUUUUUACUCGUUGGUAUUUUUAGACGUGUUACAAAAGAAGUUGAAGAGGAGAAUCACAUUUCUUGCUACAGCAACUUCUCUUCUCAAGCAAACCCCACUUCUAGUUGUGUCACACAGCUAUGGCCUUUGGUGACCUCCUAGAACAGGUGGGCAGCACAGGCCGCUUCCAGGUCCUGCAUGUCACCUUGCUCUGUAUGCCCAUCCUUAUGAUGGCCAGUCACAAUCUGCUGCAGAACUUUGUGGCCUCAGUGCCCCCCCACCACUGCAGUGCCCACAGGAACCUGUCCGUGUCUAAGCUGAGCCCGGAGCAGGCUCUGCUGCUCACCGUGCCCCAGGACAUUAAGAACGGCAGGCCGGAGAGAUGCCAGCGCUAUGCUGCUCCCCAGUGGCAGCUCCUGGCAGAGAAUGGGACCUACAGUCCAAAGGUGGAGAGAGACAGCAGUGAUGAUACUGAUUACCUUCUAGAUGCAGAGCUGCAGGGCUGUAACGAUGGAUGGGAGUACAGCAUGACAGAGAUGAGCUCCACAAUUAUCUCUGAGUGGAACUUGGUCUGUGAUCUUCGCUCGUUGAAGCAGAUGGGACAAACCAUUUAUAUGGGAGGGGUGCUUGUGGGAGCUGUAAUCUUUGGGGGACUGUCGGACAGAUUUGGACGGCGUUUCCUGCUGCUGAUCUCUAACCUGUUGAUUGCAGUGGGAGGGACGUGUGCUGCCUUCUCCACCUCAUUCUCCGUCUUCUGCCUCUUCCGCUUCAUCACUGGCAUGGCCAUUUCUGGCCUGGGGCUCAACUCCUUCUCUCUCAUUGUGGAGUGGAUUCCCACAAGAGUGCGAACAGUGGUGGGUACAGGGACAGGCUACUGUUACACGAUGGGUCAGCUGAUCCUGGCAGUAGUGGCCUACUUCAUUCGGGACUGGCGCUGGCUAACACUGGCUGUCUCCGUACCUUUCUACAUCACCUUCCUCUACUCAUGGUGGUUCCUGGAGUCUGCAAGAUGGCUCGUCCUGAACAGAAAUUCUGAGCAAGCGGUCAAAAAUCUCAAAAGAGUGGCCCGAAUCAAUGGACGCCGUGAAGAGGGUGACAGAAUCAAUCUUGAAAUGCUGCAGGAUUCCAUGAAGAAGGAGAUGUCCUGCUCACAGGGCUCCUACUCUGUAGUGGACCUGCUCCGCACGCCCACCAUGAGGAACAUCACCAUCUGUCUCAGUGCUGUCUGGUUCUCCACAAGCUUCGCCUACUAUGGUCUAUCUAUGGAUCUGCAGAAGUUUGGCGUGGACAUCUACUUGAUUCAAGUGAUCUUCGGAGCGGUGGACAUCCCUGCCAAAGUAGUGGUUACAGUGUCCAUGAGUAUAUUUGGGCGACGUCCCUCACAGUGCGCUGCACUCAUCCUGUCUGGAGUCACUGUUUUGAUCAACAUAUUGGUGCCAUACGAAAAACAGACCGUGCGCACCACUCUAGCCGUGCUGGGUAAGGGUUGCCUGGCCGCGUCAUUCAACUGCUGCUACCUCUACUCUGGAGAGCUGUACCCCACCGUCGUCCGGCAGAAUGGCAUGGGCUGGGUGUCCAUGAUGGCUCGUGUAGGAGCGAUGGUGGCCCCCAUGGUGCUGCUCCUUGGGGAGGCUGUCCCGUGGCUGCCUGGCUUCAUCUAUGGGAUAGCCCCCAUCUUAAGUGGGGUGGUCGCCAUCUAUCUGCCAGAAACACUUGGUUCACCACUACCCGACACUAUCCAGGAUGUGGAUGAGAGAAGUUGCAAGAAAACAAGCCCCAAUGCCUUGCCCAAGAAGGAGGAACUGGCCAUGAAUGAUACCAAUAAUACCUUGUACAAGGAAGCUGCCUGAAGAAUCACACUUAUCAAAUGCUACUGAACUUGCCUGUAUAGUCUAAAUAGAUACUGCAGUUGCUUGCGCUACAGUUUUUUCACAAGGACUGUAAGGUAGCAAUCAAUAUUGUAACUGGUCCACUGCUGUAGGAGAAAAUGACCAUGAUUUGUUUUGAUAUGUAAGCGGACCAAUAUGGCAAAUAGCAUCAAAUAGUCAGACAAGGCUAUCCAUGUUUGGAUACACUGGCCUUUUCGGACAUUAGAAGACUGAUGAAUUAUGAGCUACGUAGCCUAAUGAAAUUACCUGUAGUGGUCUUUUUAAUAUUUAAUAUUUCAACAGUAAAACAUUAAUUAAUGCUAGAUUGUGAGUAAAUAAAUAUAUGCUUCAGUAUAUUGUGUAUUUUAACUACAACUUUAUUUGCAUUUUUCUAUGGGCCAGGCCUAUAUUUUUAUGUUCUAUACUAGUAUAUGUUGUAUGUAUUCAUUAAAAUAAUGACAACCUUAUCCUCACCUUCUAUCAGUGGGAAUGGUCUUAUCCAUGUGGCUAUAUUGUUUGUGACUGUGGCACAAUUUCCUUUACAGUCCAUGAAACUGGUCAUCUUGACUGGGCAUGGUAUUUGUAGUUGGAAUCUCUUUGUUUUGCUUAGGCCUACAGUUUAUAAGGUAGAAAAUAAAAUGUCAGAUGUCUCCAUGUUUUCCCAGAAGAUGGGGAGGGGAAAAUGCAAUCAUAUCACCUAAAUAAAAGAUGCGUCACAUGG